AUGCUGCUGCGCGUACUCUGCCUCGCAGGUCUGGGGUUGGCACUACCUGCAUCUCCCGGGGCGGAUGCUGACUUUGACAUUGAUGCGCACUUCUCGAGGUACAUUCUCGGCAAACUGUUCUAUUACAACGGCACCAGCCAGCGCACCCCAAACGGCGACAGGCUUGUCUAUGGCCGGCGGGGCAGAGUGGUUGGUUAUUCGGACGAUUUUCUGUUCAUGCGGUUUCCAGGCAACAAGGACACCGUCCCUUGCAAGGGCGAGUCGUACACGCGCGCCGAGUUCCGCGCCUUUUACGGCUCCCUCGAGCAGUGGCACGCCGCGGCUCCCUUGAGCAGUGGCAGCUCAGGCACGCCUCAGUCAGGCGGGGCGGCGGCGGGCUCUUCGGACUCGCCGUAUCCCCGCGCCUCCGCGCUGCCGCCGGGCUGGAGCAAGAUCACCGACUACGGCAAGAUCAAGGGCUACCGCGGGCCGGACGGCAAGAAGGUCACGACGAAGAGGGCGGCGUGGCGCCUGCACGAGGAGGCGGCGGAGGAGACGGGGGCGAGCUCCGAGACUAAGGAGGUCGAGGUGGAGGUUGACGAGGAGGAUGGCCCCGAUUGUGGCGUGGCGCCGCCGCCGCGCCCCGCCGCUCCACCGCCACCUCGCCCCGCCGAGCGUGCCGCACCGCUCUCGGCCGCGCCGCCCUCUGAGCUGGCGGCCAGGGCCGCCGCAACGUCUGCCGCUUACGGGGCGUUGACGCCCCCCCGCAAGCGGCAGAAGACUGGCGGCGCUGGCGGCAGCAGCACGAGUGGCGGCGGCGUCUCCGAGGACGCCAUGCUGGCGGCGGCUGCGGCGGCAGAUCCGCAAGAGAUCGUGACGGCGAUCGUGUGCGACGGCUGCGAGGCGGCGUUUGAGCUGCCGCCCGGCGAGCUCGUCCCAGAUGGCGACUGGUUCUGCGCGGCGUGCAAGUCCGCUGAGCCGCAGGGAGCGGCGGCCACCGCCAGCGCCACCGGCGCUUCCUCCUCCGCCGCCGCCUCCGGCGCCCAACGGCAGGCGCCGCCGCCGCCGCCACGGCCGCCGCCCCAGAAGCUGCCGCCGAAGCUUGGUGUCGGCGCCCGAGUACGCGUCAAGGGCAAGGGCUAUGGCAUCGUGCUGAAGCAGGAGCGGGAUGGCGAUUGGUUGACGGUGCAACUGGACAGCACCGGGGGACCAAUCAAGGCGCAAUCAACGGCGGUCUUCGCUACCGGCGAGGGGCAGGAGGCAUCGGCACCGGCGGGUGGGGAAGCGGCCAGGAGCGGCGGCACCCCCUCAAAGCCAGACGGCCCUCCGUCGCCGAGCGCUACGGCUGAGCAUCAGGCUGAGUUGGACGAGGUGAGGCGAGAGGCGGCGGCGGAGGCGGCGGCGCGUGUGGCGGCGGAGGAGAGGAGCGCCGCCCUCGAGCGGAGGGCCCAGGUCGCCGAGGAGAAAAGCGUCGAGUUCGAGCGGAGGGAGAAGGAGGAGAAGGCGGCGCGCGAGGCGGCAGAGGCCAAGCUGAGUGCCGCUGAGGAGGAGUUGGCGUCGCAGAAGGCGGCGCGCGAGGAGGAGAAGGAGGCGCGUGAGGCGGCCGAGAGGCGCCUGGCAGAGGAGAGGGAAAGCAGCGCCGCCGAGAUCGCCGCGCUCAAGAUGGACACCGAAAUCUUGUGGAGGCGGAAUCUACAAAACUAG